AUGUCUUUCCACGUUACGCAUCCGCUUGUCUCGUCCUUCUUCUCCAUCGCUGGAUUAGCUGGACUUUUGUCUUUGCUCGCGAGAUAUCUAUCGUCGACUCGCUCAUCGAAGCCAAUCGACACCAAAUUCGUCCAAAAUCUGAACGCUACGGCACGAGCUUUACCUUCGUCGUGGUAUAGAACUAAGGAAAUCUACGAACUCGAGCGCCGCGCCAUCUUUGCUAAGAAAUGGAUCUUUGUCAGCCACAGGUUGAGACUUUCUGAAGUUGGAUCACAUGUUGACUUCCAUGAAGCUGGUUUCCAGUUCUACCUGGUCAAGAACAAGGAGGGUGUUAUUGAGGGUUUUCGCGGCACAUAUAAAGACUCCCAGAAUGCCAAGAUUCCCAUCCAUGUGCGCGUCGAUGACAAGGGGUUUAUCUGGGUCAAUCUCGAUACCUCCAAGACCCCUGAAGAUUGGUCAGCCGAGUUCAAAAACAUUGACAAGAUGGCGAGACACGAAUCCUUCAACUUUGAUGACUUUCAGUUUGACCAUACCUGGGGCAUGAGCGGCGACUACAACUGGAAGACGCUAGCUGAUAACUACAACGAGUGUUAUCACUGCAAAUUAGCCCAUCCUGAUGCUGCUGCUAUCGCAGAUCUUACAGCAUACAAGGUCGAACCAAAAGGUGGCAAUAUCGAGCACUUUGCAAACGUGAAUGCCGAAGCAGAAAAGUCUGGCUUGAAGGUUGUCAGCAACUACUACUUUCCCAACGCCUGCAUGACUGUCUCCCCCAACUUCUUCUACCUGAUGCGCUGCGUUCCUACUUCAGUCGGCCAUUGCUCCAUGGAAUACGAGGUCUACAGACACAAGGAUGCCAGCGACGAAGGUUUCACGACUAUCGAUGAAAUGUUCAAGAGGAUUCUGGCCGAAGAUAAAUGGCUCUGUAAUAACGCUCAAAAGAACCUCAAUGCGGGUGUUUUUGUUAAUGGAGAGAUGCAUCCCAAGCUGGAGCAAGGACCUCUCUACUUUCAACACAGGGUCCGAGGUAUUCUUACUGCUCAUCAUGAGCUGGAGAAGAAGGCAGGAAAGCAGAUUUGA